UCGGUGUAUGUAGGGUGUAUCGUGAUGUGACUGAUUACUUGUUAUUGCCUGAUUUGAUUUUGAUUUUUUUUUUUAUCUACAUUGACACUUAUUGUUUAGCUAAAGGGACUGUGAAGAGUAACAACAUUAUUACAGCCAAAGCUUUCCUGGGACAGUCAAAUAGGAUUAUGGCCUCUUAAGCUUGGAACAAAAGCUCUGCUUCACAUUGAGGCCAUGGCCCUUGGACACAAUCCAUCUGUGGCUGUUGUCCGGUAUCCAUGGGGACCAGGAAGGUUCUGGUGACAGGGUGCUCUUCAGGCAUCGGCCUAGCUGUGGCUGUCCGACUGGCCAGGGAUGAUCUCAGGAGGUUCAAAGUGGUGGCCACUAUGAGGGACCUGGGGAAGAGGGAAGCCCUGGAACGAGCGGCCGGCAAGGGUCUGAACAGGACCCUGGAGGUCAAACAACUGGACGCCUGCUGUGAAGACUCCAUCCGAGAGUGUGUCAACAGCCUGCCGGACAGACGGGUGGACGUGCUCGUGAACAAUGCUGGCGUGGGGAUGAUUGGGCCUGUGGAGUGUCAGAGUGUGGAGUCCAUGCGGGACCUCUUCGACACCAACUUCUUUGGUCUGGCGCGUCUGGUGAAGGAGGUGCUGCCCGACAUGAAGAGAAGGCAGAGCGGCCAUAUCGUUGUGAUGAGCAGUGUCAUGGGGAUUCAGGGUCUGCUCUUCAACGAUGUCUACUCGGCUUCAAAAUUUGCGGUUGAGGGAUUUUGUGAGAGUCUAGCUGUUCAAGUCAUGAAGUUUAAUAUCAAAAUUACUUUAGUGGAGCCAGGGCCGGUAGUGACAGAGUUUGAGAGGAAGGUGUAUGACGACGCCGAGAAGAUGGACCUGUCAGGAACAGAUGAGGAGACUGCCAGAAUCUUCCGCCAGAUAUACCUACCAUACUCCAGGAAGGUCUUCACUUCCCUAGGCCAGACCCCGGAGGACAUAGCCGAGCAAACGCUGAAAGUGAUCACAGCCAAGGACCCUCCACUCCGCCACCAGACUAACCGUCUGUACAUGCCCAUGACUGCCCUGAAGCAUGCUGACCCCACGGGCCGCCUGCCUCUGGACACCUUCUACAAGAUGCUCUUCAAACAUGACCGUGUGUUCAAUGCCAGUCUGGGGGUGCUGCGUAUGCUACAGAAGAGAACGGGGAAAGGUUCCAUAUGAAGGACAGUCACAUUGAAACUCCUGGAGGGAUGUUGGGAGUCAAGACAGAAUCAAUGAGCUUUUAAGAGUGUGUGUGUGUGUGUGGGGGGGGGGGGUACUCCUUAAUGUUAGUCCUGGGUUCCUCUUCACUCAGAACAUCUAACUCAUAAUGCCUACACCAGGAUUGGAGAGUACAGUAGAUAGGACUGAAUGAUAGGCACGAAUGUCAGGGACGAUGUCCUAUUCAGUUAUGUUUUUUGUGAAACCCAAUCAUUUGCCUUGAGCUGUUUGUACUUUAAACCCAGGGGUGUAUGGGUCAUAAUAUAUGGGUGGGACAUUGGAAAUGGUAACACCCUUUUAUUAGGGGGGCCUUUUAUGAAGAACAUUAUAUUUAUUGGCCGCAUCCUCGGUUAUAAAAAGCUGUCCCACCCACAUUUAAAACAAAACCUUCACCCCUGAUUAAGUGUAUAAAAAGUAUUCAACAGAAAAAUUCCAAAAAGGAUGUCACUCCAGACUAUUCUCUAAACUGUGAUGGUUUUCCUCAGGUGAACCUCAUUGGCAGUGCGUCUCUAGACUGACCAGACUGCCUGCUCUAACUGCACCUGUUCAGCCCUGUCAGUCAGAGCUGGAUAUGCUUACACACCUGUAAUUGUACAUUAGAUUUCUGAAGCAUCAUUGUUAUUGUGUUUAUACUGCAUACGUUAACUUGAACGAAUACUUGAAUAAACACAAG